AAACAUGAAAGGGAGAAUUCUUUGUUUAAGACAAAGUUCAAUAACGUCUUUGUGAAAAAUCUCUCCAACUCCACAACCGAAGAUGAUUUAACGGAAGUUUUUGGAGAAUAUGGAAAAAUGACGAGUGUUGUUGUGAUGAGAGAGGCUGAUGGUAAAUCUAAGUGCUUUGGAUUUGUUAAUUUUGAGAAUCCAGAUGAUGCUGCACGGGCAGUUCAGGAGCUUAAUGGGAAGAAAUUUGAUGAUAAGGAGUGGUUUAUUGGCAGAGCACAGAAGAAAGCUGAAAGGGAGCAAGAAUUGAAAGUGAGAUUUGAACAAAGUAUGAAGGAGACUGCAGAUAAGCAUCAAGGGGCUAACUUAUACUUAAAAAAUUUGGACGAUAGCAUUGGAGAUGAGAAGUUGAAGGAACUUUUUUCCGUUUUUGGUACAGUUACUUCUUACAAGGUCAUGCGGGAUCCUAAUGGUAUCAGUAGGGGUUCAGGAUUCGUUGCCUUUUCAACCCCUGAUGAAGCUUCUCGUGCUCUUGCAGAGAUGAAUGGAAAAAUGGUUGGCAGCAAACCUAUUUAUGUUGCACAUGCCCAGCGCAAAGAAGAGAGGAGAGCUAGAUUGCAGGUAAUUUGA